AUGGCACCAGCACCCAUUGAUCCCACCAUCACGGACUUUGUCGUCCAGAAAAAAGACACCUUGGGACUGCCCGAGCCGGCGUACCAGAGACUCGUGAAGGCGGGCAUCGAUCUUUCAAACGGAUACCCGUACCGCCCGAACCGGCCGUUGUAUCUCCAAGACGUGUACAACAUCCGGAACAACGAGCGCAAGCACGUCGACGCCGGUGCUCGCGCCGACAAGUCAAAGAGCGCUCUGUUCUCCGCCGCGACCAAGGUCACCGACCUGACGGCCUACAUUGGCACCGAGAUUGAGGGGCUCCAGCUCAAGGACCUCACCGACCAGCAAAAGGAUGAGUUGGCGCUGUUGAUCGCCGAACGCAGCGUGGUUUUCUUCCGAGAUCAAGACAUCUCGCCGCAGCAGCAGAAGGCGCUGGGAGAAUACUAUGGCGAGGUUGAGAUCCAUCCUCAAGUCCCUCAAGUCCCAGGUGUUCCUGGCGUCACGGUAAUUUGGCCCGCCCUGCAAGCGCAAGAGUUCCCGGCCAGCUUCCGCAAGCCGGGAGGCGCUUCGCGGUGGCACACGGAUUUGGUCCACGAACGACAGCCCGCGGGCAUCACUCACCUCCACAACGACACCGUCCCACCCAUCGGGGGGGACACGCUCUGGGCCAGCGGCUAUGCAGCCUACGAGAAGCUGUCGCCAGACUUUCGAAAAUUGAUCGAUGGUAAGUACGCCGUGUACCGGUCAGCUCAUCCAUACCUCGACCGUGAGAACCCAACGGGCGGGCCGAAAUAUAUCGAACGAACUCAUCCGUUAGUCCGCGUGCACCCGGCGACCGGCUGGAAGGCGUUGUGGGUUAACAGAGCCAUGACUGAUCGAAUUGUCGGGCUUGACAAGCCCGAGAGUGAUCUUAUACUGGGGUACCUGUACGACGUAUACGAGAAGAAUGUUGAUAUCCAGGUUCGGUUCAGAUGGACGCCGGGCACGAGUGCUCUUUGGGAUAACAGGAUCACGAUCCAUAAUGCUUCCUGGGACUAUGCUGGCAAUUACCCGCGACACGGCACACGAGUCACUUCUCUGGCGGAAAAGCCCUUCUUUGACCCUAGUGCGCCGACGAGGCGGGAGGCUUUGGGACUGUUAGGGCCGGAUGAGAAGCAGGUCGACGGGGUCCUGGUAGAUGGUUAG